GACAGAGGCCGACGGCAAGCGCUGGUGUUGAUUCUUUGUCUCAUCGAGCUGAGCGCAGUGGCUGGUCAGGCUCGGUAUUCCAUCCCGGAGGAGCAGGCCGAAGGAUCGUUUGUCGGAAACAUUGCGAGAGAUUUAGGCUUGGAUGUUGCGAGGCUGAUUUCAGGUAAAGCUCGUAUUAUUACAAAAGGAGGCCGACAGUAUGUGGAUUUAAACAAAGACAAAGGCAUCCUUGUUAUUAAAGAGAGAAUCGACCGGGAGGAACUGUGUGGAAAGACGACGCCCUGUAGCUUCAGCUUCGAGGUGAUUUUAGAAAAUCCUAUCCAGCUUUAUCGUGUGACAGUGGAGGUGACAGAUAUAAAUGAUAACAGUCCGUCGUUCCCCAAAGACGAAAUUGGCUUGAAAAUUGCUGAAAGUGUUGCAUUAGGGACUCGCUUCUCUUUGGAGAGUGCAGAUGACGCUGAUGUUGCUAACAAUGAUAUUCAAAAAUACACACUUAAACCCUCUGAUCAUUUUAAGCUAGAAGUGCAAAACCAGCCGGAUGGAGGCGGGUUUGUUGAAAUGGUUUUACAAAACCCGUUAGACCGAGAGAAAGAGGAAACUCACAGUCUUGUGCUGAUUGCUUCAGAUGGCGGUGAGCCACGGAGAUCAGGGACAGUGCGUAUUCAUAUUACUGUUCUGGAUGUUAAUGAUAAUUCGCCUGUGUGCAGCCAGGCUGUUUAUAAAGCAGAAGUCAAAGAGAAUUCUCCUGAAGGAACAGUGAUAACCACUGUGAGUGCAAAUGACCCGGAUAAAGGAGUAAACGGACAGGUAACAUAUUCUAUAGCUCAUGUCGCCAAAGAAACGAAACAACUUUUUGAAGUAAAUGUUCAAACUGGAGAGAUUAAAGUCGCAGGUAAACUCGACUUUGAAAAAUCUAAGACUUAUCAACUGAACGUGCAGGCUAGUGACCACGGAGGUUUUUCUGAUACAUGUAAAGUUUUCAUUCAAAUAACUGACGAAAAUGACAACGUCCCUACAAUACAGCUCAUGUCAUUUUCGAACUCGAUAUCUGAGGAUUCUCCUCCAGGUACAACGAUAGCUGUUCUUAACGUGGAUGACGAAGACUCUGAUGGUAACGGUGCUGUCAAGUGCUCCAUUAACUCUGACGUACCUUUUAAAAUCGAGUCUUCAUUAACAGGAUACUACACCAUUGUAACUGAAGACUUUUUAGACAGAGAGAGUAUCCCUGAGUAUAAUCUCACCAUAACUGUGUCUGAUCAGGGUUCCCCGCCUCUGUCAAGCAGUAAGAACAUCAACGUAAAAGUAUCUGAUGUCAAUGACAGUCCACCCAAAUUUGAUCAUUCAGAAUACACUAAAGCUGUCGCAGAGAACAACUCUCCUGGACUUUCUGUGUUUACCGUGAGUGCUAAUGAUGCAGACUGGGGCCAAAAUUCCCGCGUUUCUUACUUUUUGCAGGAGAGGGACAUUAAUGGGCUGGCUGUGUCUUCGCUGGUUUCAGUAAAUUCAGAUACCGGUGUUAUUCAUGCAGUGAGAUCGUUUGAUUACGAGCAGAUCAAGUGGUUUGAAUUUAAUGUAA